AUGAGGGACGCUGAGGAGCUUGCGUUCCUCUCUUGGUUCACAGAGCAUGGCGGCUGGAUUGAUCAAAGCUUGUCGUUAGAAAAAAUACCUGGAAUGGGUCGUGGCCUUGUAGCUACGCGGCCUAUUGCUGAAAAUGAGCGUUUGUUUUCCAUUCCUCGCUCCAUGCUGUUAAACUUGGGAACGAGUGCCUUGGUGCCUGCUUGUGAGGCAGCAGAGCGCGCACGUCCCCCUAAAGCAGGGCAUGCGUGGUCCGAUGUCAUGGAUCGUGGAUGGUGUCCUCUGAUUCUCAUGCUCAUGUGGGAGCACCGGCACGCUUCAACUCAAGAGCAUAACGAACGUUUUACUUGGGGCCCCUACUUUGGUAUCAUGCCGACUUUGUUCACCACGCCCAUGUUUUGGAAUUCUAACCAGCUACAUGAACUCCAAGGAACAGAUGUCGAAGACAAAAUUGGUCGUACGGAAGCCGAGGCAGACUACCAUGAAUGUGUAUUGCCGUAUGUCCAACAAUACCCUGAUGUGUUCCUGGGUCCCGGCGUGCACGAUGUGCCAGCUGAAAUUUCUAAAUGGUAUCAUAUUGACCUGUACCAUCGAAUGGGCUCGUUGCUUCUUAGCCGCAGCUUCCAUGUGAAGCGUGACUUGAAUCACGCCGAGAGUGAUGAUGCAGACAUUUCCUCGGCUCCUGCCGAAGUAGCCGUCGAACGAGCCAUACCUCGAAAUGAAGCACAAGAUGAACAGGGUGAUGACGAAGAAGAAGAGGCCGAGAUUGAAAUUCAAGAUGACGAAGAUGACGAGGAAAAAGGAGAGAAUGAAGAGGAUGUUCGCGAUAUAUCCAUGGUGCCUAUGGCUGAUAUGCUUAAUGCAAAAUUUGGAUCGGAAAAUACUCGCUGCUUCUAUAAACGUGAGGCGCUGGAGAUGCGGUGCACACGACCUAUCGCCAUCGGUGAGCAACUUUUGAACACAUAUGGUAAUCCCCCGAACAGCGAUUUGCUCCGUCGCUACGGAUUUGUCGACGAGCCGAAUCGUGGCGACUUGCUCGAGCUUCCUGCCACAACCAUAUUUGAUGCAGCACUGACCAAGUUAUGUCUGGCGACUCAAGCGUCAGAGGAUGUGAUCCGCACAUUCCUGAUGCCACGAUUCGAAUGGGCGUGCACCGAGCUGGGCAUUGAUGAAGUGUUUCUUCUGUGUCGGCUUAGCAAGCCUAAGAAUACAGCUCCGUAUGCUGGCACUUUGUCUCUUGAUGCCAGCAGACCCCUAACUUCUGCAGACAGACGCGUAUUGAGCCGUGCCUCUGGCGAAAUUUCUGACGACUUGGUUGGAUUCGUCCGCCUGUUGUGCGUGACACAAGACGACUUUGAGCGUGCCAAGAAAAAAGAGGCGCUGCCCAACGCGCGACUCGACGCUGUGGAAGCUAUGGACGCCAGUUGGCCUGGCUCUCCACCCAAGGGCGCUAUGCUUUCUGUGGCAUCAGUCUUGCGUGAUGCCCUCGCACUUCGCGGCCAGGCAUACCCCACAACGUGGAACGACACUGCCAAGGCCCUAGUUGAGUGCACGGCCUCGUCUGAAGACCCUUAUCGCAUGGCUUUGGUCGUCCGUGCUGGUGACCAGGCGAUUCUUCAGGAACAUACCACGGUGACUGAGCUUGUGCUGGCACAUGCGCGAGCUCAGGCUAGUGGUGCAGCAUCAAAUCCCGUGCCAUCUAAAAAGGCGCGUCGCACAUAA